GAAAACGAUAAACCUAGGCACAUCACAUGACUCAUCUCUCCGCAAGACACGGAAGGACUCGUCAGAAACGCAACUUCGUCCGAGGGAUUCGGCUUGCGAGCUCAAGUGCGGCGAUUAUAGACCGUGUCCUCCGGAACGGGCAGAACCCUUUUCUGCCUGCCUACUCAACAAGGAACCAUCAUGCAACCACUUAGACAGUACUGUACGGUCGCACAGCGCGCACCUACCAAUUUCUGGACGAUAGAAGUCAUGGCAGUAUCGAGCGGAUUCACGGCGAUAUCGGCUUCCGAAUAGGUCGUCCUCGAUACGUUCCUGCGGGGCACCUUGGUCUUGCCUCAGUCCUGGAAGCAACAGUAAUUACACAUGCCGUCUAGCGGGAACUCAGAUAUUCGAAGAGCGAUAGCUUUGUUUGAAUGAGGGAAAUAAGAUAUAAGAUCCAUACACUCGGUCGUGGGAGGGACAGCUCCGUCGCUACCGAAUACGUUCUGAACGGCAUGCCUUCCUCCAUUUAUGAGGGUGAUCCCGACAAGAAACUCGCUUCGACCCAUAUCGAGGACAUCGUUCAACCUGCAGCUUACGAAGGCAACAACAAGUCUUACGCCGAGGAUGGGGCCCAUCGACCCGUCACAGUUGCCGGCACUAUGGGUCAGGAUCCCGAACAAAGACCUGAUAUCCGUUGGACAGCUUGGGCGAUCUUGUUUCUUUGCGCUAUGGCUCAGUUUCAGAACACCUUUUUCGGUAUCGCUCCGGCUGCAAAUGCCUAUCCUAUUGCCGGCGCUUUGAACGGCAUGGACAAACGGAUUUGGAUCGUUCAGGCGCAAGGCAUUCCAUCGAUCGUCACAGGGCCGAUCAUUUCCAUUUUCUCCGACCUGUAUGGACGAAAGUGGAUUGUUCUCGGAGCUUGGGGACUCUUCUGCAUCUCUUCCAUCGUCGCCAUGACAGCCCAAUCCAUAAACGUCUUGAUCUUCGCCCAGACUUUGUCAGGCUGCGCGGCAGGAAUUUCCGGUAUAAUGUUUGCUACCGCUUCUGAGGUUCUGCCUAGCAAAUACCGAUCCCACGCGCAGACCGCCGUCAACUGUUUGGCUGGACUCUCCUCGAUUCCGGCUUUACUGGGAAUGGCAGCUGCCACAGGCAAUGAUCCCGUUAACGGUUGGAGAUGGAUCUUUAGGACACAACUCGUUCUCAGUGCAAUCGUGUUUAUCGGUUUCGCACUCAUCUACCGACCACCUCCUCGGACUGUAGAGUACGUUCCCAUCAAGGAGCGCUUCAGGCGAUUAGACUGGAUCGGCUACUUGUUCUUGAUGGGAGGCUUGGUGCCUAUGCUUAUGGGUUUCGCUUGGGCGUCUGACCGAAAUUAUGGGUGGAAGGACCCCCAUGCAUACGGCUGCGUUGCGGCUGGAAGUGCUAGCUUUAUCAUCUGUCUUAUCUAUGAAUGGAAGGGUACCGAAACCGGGUUCCUGCAUCACUCGCUCUUUCAAGAUGGCCGCAAUUUUCCGAUUGCCAUCUUCGUCAUCGCCGUCGAGGGUUCGCUCUUCUACCUCAUCAACAAUAUCUACCCCUCUCAAGUGUUUACGAUCUGGGUACCGGCCGGCGGUGUAAAGGCUGGCGCCCAUCUUCUUCCCUUCUUCAUGGUUUGCACGGCCAUUUCACCCUUGAUGUCCCUCUAUGUGACUAGGAGAUCCGAUAUCAAAUGGCCUAUUUGCGCUGGGUUCAUCUUUUUCAGCGUAUCCGUCAUCGGCUUUGCUAUGAGUGGCACCAAUGUGAAGCUGGGCCUAGUCUUCAACGCUUUGGCUGGCGUUGGAUUCGUCGCUCCGCUGGUCUUGGUGAUGACGAUGGUGCAGCUCUCUACCCCUCCGCUCUUCAUCGGCGUUGCUUCAGCCUUGACCAUUUCAGCUCGAACUCUGGGUGGUACCGUUGGAUAUGCCAUCGCAGAAGUGAUCUACAAUAACAUCUCGGAUGAUAAGAUUCCGGGCUAUAUCGCAUCUGCUGUGAUUCCUCUGGGUUUCAACCCAAGCAAUCUGGGAUCCUUGAUCGGUGCUUUGCUUUCACAUGGGUCGACAUCCUCGAUCCCCGGAAUCACACCACGAAUCCUGGGCGCGGCCAUGGGCGGUAUGGCAUCGGCUCAAGCAUAUGCUUUCAGGAUCACUUGGUUCGCCUUCCUUCCUGCCACCGUCAUCGCAGCUGCGGCCGCUGCCUGCUUCAGAAACCCCAAGGACCGCAUGAAUUGGAUUGUCGACGCUCCGCUUGAAGCAAAACAUGCAGAUCAAUCGACGGAAGGCAAACUGUAG